AUGUCCGACGCCAUAGAGCAAACGCGACCGACCGAGGAGCCUUCUGCGCCCGUUGAGGGUGUGGUUGCGACUGAAGCCGCUGCGGUCGAAGCUCCGGCCGCCGAUGAGCCCGCCGAUGAUAUGCCAUCGAAUGAACAACCCGAAGCUGGCGAAGAGGACGAAAAAUCCAAAAAGGUCACCCUGGCCGAUUUGUCUGCAAAGGGCAGUGCCCUAUACGCGCACAAGCACUACGAGGAGGCCGCGGAGGUCUUCUCGCGUGCCAGUAACCUACAGGCUGACUUGAAUGGCGAGCUUGCUCCCGAAAAUGCUGAAAUUCUGUUCCACUAUGGGCGCAGCUUGUUCCGAGUCGGCCAGAGCAAGAGCGACGUUUUGGGCGGACACGCGGCUGGAGAAUCCAAGAAGACCAAGGCAAACGGCGGCACCGCGCCGAAGGCCUCUUCAUCGAAGCUCUCCACCGUGGACGAGACAGCAACAGAGACUCCAGCCGAGGCACCGGAGAAGAAGCCUUUGUUCCAAUUCACCGGAGACGAGAACUUUGUCGACUCGGACGACUCAGAUGUAGAGGGCGGCGACGAACCCGAAGAAGAGGACGAUGACCUCGCCACUGCAUUUGAGAUUCUCGACCUCGCUCGCGUAUGCUACAUGAAGCAGCUUGCUCACCUCGAGCAAGCUGCCGCCGACAACUCAAAGGGCAAGGAGACUACUGGCGAGCUGUCUCCUGCUGAGCGUCAUGUCAAGGAACGCCUUGCUGACACACACGAUGCGCUUGCCGAAAUCUCGCUAGAGAACGAACGCUACCCCAAUGCUAUCGAAGAUGGUCGCGUAUCGCUCCAGUACAAGCUCGAGCUCUUCCCCGUCGAAUCCGAAAUCAUUGCUGAAGCUCACUAUAAGCUCUCCCUUGCGCUCGAAUUCGCAUCCAUUACUAGCUCUGGUGAUGACGGCACCAACAACAAGCGCGAGGAGAUUGAUCAGGAUCUUCGCGACGAGGCUGUCAAGGAGAUGGACUUGGCUAUUCAAAGCUUUCGACUCAAGCUGCAAGGCAAGGAGGUGGAGAUGGCCACCUCUGCUUCUCCCACCGACAACGACAUGAUGCGCAAGGAUAUUACCGAAAUGAAGGAGCUCAUUGGCGACAUGGAGCAAAGACUGGUUGAUCUCCGCAAAAACCCCGUCGACCCCCAAGAACUUUUGGGUGCCACCGAGGCCAAUGUUCUUGGCGGCCUGUUUGGCGCCGUGCUCGGCGAGACCCCCGAGCAGACGGAAGCCCGUGUCGCCGAGGCCACCAAGGGCGCCGUCGACCUUACCAGCAUGGUCCGCAGGAAGGCCAAGCCCGAGGCCGCGCCCUCCUCUACCAAUGGCAAGCGCAAGGCUGAGGAUGAACCUGUUGAGACUGGAGCCGAGUCCCCCAAGAAGGCCCGCGUCGAAGAGGAGGCGUAA